GCUCCCAGAUUUAGUACAAUCAUAAAUUCCUUCAAUGGGCCAGCACAGUUUCUUACAAUUAUCUGAAGCACCAUUAAUCAGGAAUAUCCACAUCAAACAUAACCAUAGGUCUAACGGUCUCGCCAUCAUGCCGUGAUGGGUGCGCGGGUAAAUCCUGCACGGGUUUUUGAUCACAUGACCUCCCUCCAUCUCCUCUCUCUCUCUCUCUCUCUCUCUCUCUUAACAAAAUCAGAAAAGGGGGGUAUAAGCCUAACACCUUGAUCUGUAAAUGUAAUAGAAGCAAAAAAAAAAAAAAAAAAAAAAUCCAAAAAACUCGGAUAGAGAAAAUUGAUUUAAUUUAUAAAUAACAUCCUUUAUUACAAAGUUGUUGACUGAUUUGUCCAAAGAUUUAAGUAAAUCACAUUUAGCCCUCGUUUACUACAUUUAAUGUUAUAUAUAAAAUGUCAGUUUUGUAUAUCAGUGUCAGACUUGCGGUAGGUGAACCUCACUGAUAAAAUUUAAACAGCAAUUUAAUCGAAUGGUUAAUUACAUAGCAAAUGCGAGGUUAACGCUUUAUCUUCUUUGAAAUGAAUAAUUUACAUCAUAACCUGCUAGACUAGUAUACUUUACGAUCACGAGUUAAAAAUCACUCUUUUUUAACAUAACUUAAAUAGAGAACAAGUCAUAAUCAUAAUAUGCUGUAACACCCCUGCGCUGAUGUUGCAAGAUAGAUUGAUAGCGCUAAGAUUAAUAUCAUGAUUAAAUCAAAAGGACACAUUGAAUAAAGAAUACAAAGAACUAGAUACUGUACAUAUUCUCUUACAUAGUUGAAUAAAGAUGCUACAUUGGAUUGAAACGAGGUGACAUGAAUUCCUUUUUUUUCUUACAAUACCUGUGUUUACAGGUGUAGAAAAAAAAUAGAGCAACCAUGAAUUAAUUAACAUAAUUUCACCUCAUUAGAGACCUUCCAGGUAUGCGCAUAUCACUCCUGUCAGGGGUGUCGCGCAGAUAUGUCACGACACAGCGGUAUUUUUAAAAAGGGAAUAUAAUUCAGUUACUGGAGUAGAGCACCUGCGUCAUUAUCGUGAUGUAUUUUUUUCUUUGACCCGUCAAACUCGUACCCACGGAGAAGGCGCGGAUUGGGUGGUAAACUGUCCCAACCCACUUAAUUUUGUUUGUAUUAUUUCCUCAUUUCCUCACCGAAUUUUUCAUUCAAGACAUAUAAAUACAACGGAGUUUUGCAUUACGUUAUCACCUUGAGAAAAUGGCAGAAGAAUAUCUACAGUUUCUGUAAGUAAUUUUUUUAUUUAAACUUUUCAAAAUUAAUUAAAUAAACUUAGGGAAAUAACAGCUAAUUCGUUUUAAAGAACAACAUAUCUUACAUGCUAACUUUUAAGGAAUCUUUUAUUCAUAUUUUAUUCUCACUUCAUAAAACAAAGAAUUUAGAUUUUAAUAAAACUAUGUUUUCCCCCUAAAAUCUUGAUAUUUUUUUUAUUAUUAAUGCAAUAUUAAUGAUUAAAAACUAUUUUACCGUAAAAAUCUUGGUCCACAUACAAUCUAGUAGCAUAUCAUGACAUUAGUAAUGGUAUUUUAUACGUAUUAUUAUAUAUUUUUCUUUAUAUUUCCACAAAUUCAUUCAAUUAAAAUAACAUAUGAAAACAAUUAUAGUUCGUCGUUUUUUUCCUAUGCUGUUUUGCUGUCUUGUCUAGUCAUUAACAUAUUUUUAAAUGUUCCUUAAAAAUAAUUUUGGUAUAAAUUUACAUUAUCACAGUGACGCAACCAAAUCCACAGAUUCGUUUUCGGAGUUUGAGGAGAUGUGGUUACAAAUGGGGGAGGACUUAGAAAAGUCAGCAUUCGGACCUCCUUACAUUCCAACCCCUCCCUCUCCAAGCUACCAUACAACAUUUAGGACAAUUGCUAAAGAAGAUGAGUCAUUAAAAAGACCCUCAAGUCCUACACCAGAAAACCAGGUUGACAGCAGUAGUUCUGAUGCAGGCAGAUUCAGUCACGUGGAAGACUCCAUUCUGACUAAUCUGAGGAGAACAAACCCUGUAAAAUUACAACAGCUGGAAAACAGAAUGAGGGAACCAGGCCUAGGACAAGUCACGGUCUCAGAUUUUAAAGAACAGUUUGAAAUUGUACAGAGUCUGAUGACCAGAGUUGAAAACGAUUGUGCGCAAAUGAAGAUAAUCAUGAACUUCAUUGAAGACACCUUGAUUAAAAAAAGAGCUGUGUAAAAAGGGUCAAGUUCACGACCUUGUAGUUCGGUUUGAAGUUUGUGUAAAUGUAUGCGACUUUUGUCUUAAACCGUUGAAAUCAGUGGUCUAAGAAAAGUCUUAAGAACUUCUGAGGAUUGUUCACACAUUAAAAUUAUCAAGAACUCUGUGGAAGAAAAAACGAGUAAGGGAAUUCCAACAACAGUGACUGUGAAUAUAAUGAAAUAAUAUUUAACCCUUUUAAAGGAAAUAGAAAUAUUUGUGAAAAAGUAUAUUGUAGUAACACAGAUUUAUGUACCUAUAGUGUUUGAGUUUAUCUUUUGUGUGUACAUGUGCUUGACACUUAUACAAAUAAAUUAAUGUCUUGUUUUAUGAUAGUGUUGAGACAUUGGAAAACUUUUUUUAAAAGAAAAAACCAUAAUGAUGUGUAAAUGCAUAAUCUUUUCAUGUGAUAGAAAAUAUUAUUAAACUUUUACUUACUUAU